AAUAAAAAUUAAAAACAAACCUGAUAAUAAUUACAACCAUAAACACAAACCAACAACAUAUUCCCCCUAAAUCCUUGCUCCCAACUGCACAACAAUUAAUCAUUCAUCUCCUUAUCUCAUUCCCCUUCUCUCUCUAAUCCAAGAUUCUUGCGAGAGAAAACCAAAACAAAAUAACAAAAAUAACGAAGUUGCAUUUGCUCCGAGCUUGGGUAAUAAAAAUAAAAAACGCGAAAAUGGUGCGCGUGCUAGAGGAGGAGAAGGAGCAUUUGAGAGCCAAGUUGGGGCAGUUCAAGGGGAUGUUUGAUGGGAUCAGACAGUCUAAGAGUUUGGUGAUCGAGACUAAUGGACCCUCCACAGCCGAUGAUCGCCUCUCCAAGAGCCAGGCUUCCAGCCCGCUGCCCGAUCUCACUGACCAGCAGCAGCCGGACCCACCCGUCGCCGCCGCUCCUGCUAUUGAACGGACCGAGACUGUCAAGCCUUCCCGCCCGCCGCCCAAUGACGCCCCCGCACCCGCACCCGCCCCCGCCCCUCAGCCAAGAGGGCCGCCUUCAGAUAUCGAUAUGAUGAAGGAAAAGUUUGCAAAGUUGCUUCUAGGAGAAGACAUGUCCGGUGGAGGAAAAGGCGUCUCUUCUGCUUUGGCUUUGUCCAAUGCUGUUACAAACUUAGCAGCUUCUGCUUUUGGAGAGCAAAAGAGAUUGGAGCCUAUGGCACCAGACACUAAGGCAAGAUGGAAAAAAGAGAUUGAUUGGCUCUUAUCUGUCACUGAUCAUAUUGUCGAAUUCGUUCCUUCUAAACAAAAGGCUAAAGAUGGUAGCAACAUGGAGAUUAUGAUAACAAGACAGAGAACUGACCUCCACAUGAAUGUUCCUGCCUUGAAGAAGCUGGAUGGCAUGCUCCUUGACUGUCUGGACAAUUUCAAGGAUCAGAACGAGUUCUACUACGAGAAGGGACCGAGCAAGAACGAGAAGUGGUGGAUCCCAACGCCUAAGGUUCCUCCAAACGGUCUGUCGGAGGUGACACGAAAAUGGCUGCAGUAUCAGAAGGAUUCGGUGCACCAAGUGCUGAAAGCAGCCAUGGCCAUAAACGCGCAGGUCCUGACAGAGAUGGAGAUCCCGGAGAGCUACAUAGAAGCUCUGCCUAAGAAUGGGAGAGCUAGUCUUGGAGAUGCAAUGUACAAGAGCAUCACGGACGACUUCUUUGAUCCGGACGUGUUCCUCCAGUCCGUGGACCUCUCGUCCGAGCACAAGAUCCUGGAUCUCAAGAACAAGAUCGAGGCAUCCGUGGUGAUCUGGGAGAGGAAGAUGAAUGCCAAGGACAACAAGUCUGCUUGGGGCUCAGCUGUGAGCAUGGAGAAGAGAGAGAUCAUUGAAGAUAGAGCUGAGACAAUUCUGCUCAUUUUGAAGCAUAGAUUCCCAGGAAUCCCCCAAUCUGAUCUAGACAUAAGCAAAAUCCAAUGCAACAGAGACGUGGGGCACGCGAUUCUCGAGAGCUACUCAAGAAUCAUCGAGAGCCUGGCCUUCACGGUGCUCUCGAGAAUAGACGACGUGAUGCUCAUCGACUCCCAGGCUAGGAAUCAAGCCGGCGGGGACUCGGUGAAGGCGUUCACCCCGCCCAAGUCCUCAACCGAGGAGAAUGGAGCAGAGACGCCCGGUUCGAAGGCGACGCUGCUGGAUUUCAUGGGGUGGGAGAAUGGGGACAUGGAGGCUAAGAAGGAGGCGCAGGAAGAAGCCGAUGCACCUCCCAUCAAGGCAGCCACCAUUGCCACAAACAAGAGAUUCCUAGAGAAGCUUGAGAACUUGAGUGGCAUGAGAAGUCCAUCGUCACGCCAUUAGUUCAUCUCAUCACCAAUCAACAUUUUUUCAAACUUGUAUAUAUUAGUGGGGCCUAAAAUCCUAAUCAAACUUCUAGUUUUUCACCUUUUUCGUAUAUUAGGACAACCAAAUCAAUACUUCAACUGGAUUUGAAGUAGGGUUAGAAAUCAUUGUACAGAAGAAUUAAUGCAAUUGUUUUUGUAAGUUUUUGUCUUUCUGGAGCAGCCACAUUGUUUUCCACGAUCGAUGUAAAAUUUAAUUGUUCUAAGCUAAUUAGAUAUAUAUGUGUUUA